CUCGCAGACUGCGCAAGCACUGUAAUAAUAUCGCAAUUAAUUCGUCACACAUACCAACAACUGCGCAGCGCGACCAAGGAACGCGUGUCUCAAAAGACACAUACCUGCCAUUCGCGGCAUUGCCUGCCACAUAACCAGGCACCAUGGACGGUCGACGCUCGCCUCCCCGUCCGCCGCCCGAGUACGCACUGCCCCCCUACGGGGAUCCGGAUGACUCGACAUCCACCGGCACGCUGAACCAUGGCGCUGCUGUGCGACUGCUGACCUCGAUGGAGGAGCCUUAUGACCCGCGACCGAGCCGAUCAAGACAUCAUUACGAGCCGUCGCUCGAUUCGCGCCAAUCAAUUCUUGAUCCCCCUCCCAUGCCGCCUCCGGAACCCUCAUUCAGCUCCUACAAUCCGGCCGUGGAUGGCGCAUCUCCCACUCGACCGUGGACUCCCUCACGCGGCUCGUCCGAGUUUAGCCGGCCACCACCCGUAAGCAACCGGUAUGAACCAGCGGAUCUCAACGGCAGUCCGCGUCCCGGGACACCCGCUUCAACGUACGGUGGCAGUCCCAGGCGGCCGCUCCCUCCCGCGCCCCUAUUCUCGACUGGGCCGCGCGGCUCGACUCAUUCGUUUUCAGAUGAUGUCACGGUCAGCAUCCCGCUCGCAGAGGAUACUGACGAUGUCUUUGCGCCCGAGUCGGACCUUGGUGGCAGCAAAUACCACCAACGGGACUCGUACGCCGAGUCCCAGGCGACUCUAAGCGACGAAGCCACGGAUGUGUCGACAAACGAAAAGACGGGCAGCUACGCGCCCGUACCAGAGGGGAAACAGGAGCGCCGAGGCGUCCGGGCACCCCAGAUGAGCAAGAGAGAGGUGCAGCUGAUCAACGGCGAGCUGGUCCUGGAGUGCAAGAUUCCGACCAUCCUCUACAGCUUCCUUCCUCGCCGAGACGAGAUCGAGUUCACCCACAUGCGCUAUACCGCCGUCACGUGUGACCCCGACGACUUUGUCGAGAGGGGCUACAAGCUGCGCCAGAACAUAGGAAGAACGGCGCGCGAGACGGAGCUGUUCAUUUGUAUCACCAUGUACAAUGAGGACGAGUUCGAUUUUACUCGCACCAUGCAUGCCGUCAUGAAGAAUAUCAGCCAUCUUUGCAGCCGCAACAAGAGUCGCACAUGGGGAGAAAAUGGUUGGCAGAAAAUCGUCGUCUGCAUCGUGUCCGAUGGGCGCGAGAAGAUUCACCCGCGAACGCUGGAUGCGCUGGCCGCUAUGGGCGUCUACCAGCACGGCAUCGCAAAGAACUACGUCAACCAAAAGGCGGUGCAAGCCCACGUGUACGAGUAUACCACCCAGGUGUCGCUCGACUCGGACCUCAAGUUCAAGGGCGCCGAGAAGGGCAUUGUGCCCUGUCAGAUAAUCUUUUGCCUCAAGGAGAAGAACCAGAAGAAGCUCAACUCGCACCGCUGGUUCUUUAACGCAUUCGGCAAGGCACUCAACCCUAACGUGUGUGUCUUGCUGGAUGUUGGCACGCGGCCCGCAACCACUGCCUUAUACCAUCUUUGGAAGGCCUUCGAUACCGACUCCAACGUGGCCGGCGCGUGCGGUGAGAUCAAGGCGAUGAAGGGAAAAUGGGGAAAGAAUCUCCUCAAUCCCCUGGUGGCCUCGCAGAACUUUGAGUAUAAACUCUCCAACAUUCUGGACAAGCCGCUGGAGAGUGUGUUCGGGUACAUCACGGUCUUGCCGGGCGCUCUGAGCGCCUAUCGCUACCAUGCGCUGCAGAACGACGAGACGGGCCACGGGCCACUCAGCCAGUACUUCAAAGGAGAAACACUGCACGGCCAGCACGCCGACGUCUUCACCGCAAACAUGUAUUUGGCAGAGGAUCGCAUUCUCUGCUGGGAGCUGGUGGCCAAACGGGGCGAGAGAUGGGUGUUGAAAUAUGUCAAGGGGUGUACUGGCGAGACUGAUGUGCCUGAUAGCGUUCCCGAAUUCGUCUCUCAGCGCCGCCGUUGGCUUAACGGUGCCUUCUUUGCCGCCGUGUACUCGCUGGUGCACUUCAAGCAGAUCUGGCUGACGGACCACACACUGGCGCGGAAGAUACUGCUGCACAUCGAAUUCGUGUACCAGUUCAUCCAGCUCAUCUUUACCUAUCUCUCCCUGGCUAACUUCUACCUCACGUUUUACUUCAUCGCUGGCGGCCUGGCUGACCCCAAAGUGGAUCCGUUCGGCGGCGCGGCCAAGUAUAUCUUCCUCAUUCUUCGCUAUGUCUGCAUCCUCCUCAUCUCGACUCAGUUCGUCCUCUCGCUGGGCAACCGCCCGCAGGGUGCCAGGAAAAUGUACCUGGCCUCCAUGCUCAUCUACGCCGUCAUCAUGGCCUACACGUUGUUCGCCUGCAUCUACGUUGUCGUCCGUCAGUUCUCCAAGAAGGGCGACGCAAGGGACGAGAACGAUAAAAUCUCGCUCGGUAACAACGUCUUCACUAACCUGAUCGUGUCGACCGCCUCGACCGUCGGGGUGUACUUCCUCAUGUCCUUCCUCUACCUCGACCCGUGGCACAUGUUCACGUCCUUCCUGCAGUACCUGAUCCUCCUUCCGUCGUACAUCUGCACACUGCAGAUCUACGCGUUCUGCAACACGCACGACGUCACCUGGGGAACCAAGGGCGACAACGUCAUGAAGACGGAUCUCGGCGGCGCCGUCGGAAAAGGCAGCAUCGUCGAGCUAGAGAUGCCUUCGGAGCAGCUGGAUAUCGACUCCGGAUAUGACGAGGCAUUGCGCAACCUGCGCGACCGCGUCGAGGUUCCGCCCCAGGGCAUCUCGGAGGAGCAGAUGCAGCAGGAUUAUUACAAGAGCGUGCGCACGUACAUGGUAGUUUCGUGGCUAAUCGCCAACGCUACGCUGGCCAUGGCUGUGAGCGAGGCAUACGGCGGCAGCUCGAUCGGCGACAACUUUUACCUGCGCUUCAUCCUCUGGUCGGUGGCCGGCCUGGCCGCGUUCAGAGCGCUGGGGAGUACCGCGUUUGCCGUGAUCGGGCUGAUCAACAUGGUGGUGGAGGGACGGGUCCGGAUGAAGCUGGAGGCGCCCAAGUGGUUGGGCGGCUGGGGGAGCAAGAUCACUGACACGAUGAGUAGCGUCGCUAGUGGUGUGCGGCGGUAGGUGGGUUAUUCUGUAUGGCUUGCGUUGGUUGGGGGCAGUUGAUUAGGUUAAAGUUACCUAGGGUUUGGUGGACGAUGUGAUGACGGAUGUGGAUGGGAUGGAUAGGUAAGGUAUGUCGGCAUGGGUUUUGU